AAGAAGACGGGUGAUGACGUCAGCGCGUUGGAGCAUGCCUACUGCGGUCCAACAUAAACAAAGACAGGACGCUGCGCCGCAAUAAACUCAGCUCUCCAGGGCUUUUAUAUGCUAACAGCACCGAAAAGAUAGGAGCGUAAACAAUUUCUGAGGCUAUGGAUAACGCAUUAUUAAUGCGGGUGAGUGUUUUCACCGACCAAGGAGGCAGGAAAUACAUGGAAGAUGUGACCGAAGUCAUAGUUGAGCCCGAGCCGGGGGACGACGAGCCGACGUCGGCUGAGCCCGAAGAGACCGUCGUGGGUGACGGGACGUUCGGUUCUUUGGCUGCGGACACGCACCCAGAGCGGACUGAUGGGCCCGUCGUGUCGACUCGGGUUUCAGGUGCAUCUUGUGAACCCAUGCCAACGGAAGACCAACGUAUAAUAGUGGAAGCGUCUCCACCGAGAGGUCAGAGCCCACCUGGAGCUCGCCGUUCCGUAGCCUUCCUCGCGGUGUUCGACGGGCACGGGGGUCGCGAGGCUGCGCACUUUGCGCGAGAGUAUCUCUGGGAGUUCAUGAAGAAGCAGCGGGGGUUCUGGUCCGACUGUGACCUGGAGGUCUGCGCUGCUAUACGCAAGGGAUUCAUAGCCUGCCAUCACGCCAUGUGGAAAAAGCUACCGGAAUGGCCAAAGACACUAACGGGCCUCCCCAGCACGUCGGGCACCACAGCCAGCGUGGUGUUCAUCCGCGGAAACCGCAUGUAUGUGGCCCAUGUCGGGGACUCCGCAGUGGUUCUAGGGGUCCAGGAUGACCCUUCAGACCCUUUCAUCAGAGCCGUGGAAGUCACACAAGACCACAAACCUGAACUACCCAGAGAGAGAGAACGUAUUGAAGGGCUGGGAGGGAGUGUUAUCAAAAAGUCCGGAGUGAACCGGGUUGUCUGGAAGAGGCCGAGGCUGAGUCACAACGGCCCAGUCCGUCGGAGCACCGUCAUCGACCAGAUCCCCUUCCUGGCAGUAGCCCGAGCUCUAGGUGAUCUGUGGAGCUAUGACUUCUACAGUGGGGAGUUUGUGGUUUCUCCAGAGCCAGAUACUAGUGUGGUGAUCCUUGACCCCAGAAAACACAGAUACAUCAUCCUGGGCAGUGACGGGCUGUGGAACAUGGUGCCCCCCCAAGAGGCUGUCUCCAUGUGUCAGAACAACGAUGAGGCGAUGGCACCAUGCGGGGUAUCGAGCGCCCGGCAGCUGGUCAGCCAUGCUCUGCUGAGGUGGCGCCAGCGCAUGUUGCGUGCUGACAACACCAGCGCCAUUGUUAUCGCCUUGCAGGAGCCAGGGAGCUCCCAGGACGUCCUGCACCACGAGGAGGUGCUGCUGGACUUAGCCAAGGUGUCCCAGUGUCCUCCCACCUCGCUAUCACGCGCAGACACUCCUCUCCUUCAGCGAACGCUCGAUGAAGACUCCCCCUCUGCCAUGUGUGAUUUCCUCCCUGCCUUGGAGCGACGGGACGGACUAUCAGGAAGCAACAGCCUGUACCGCAUGAACCGGUUCGACCUGUUCACUCUGACCCCACUGUGUCCGAACAGCGGCGCCGAGCUGCCUGGUCAGUCCGGUCCCACGGACAGGACGGUUGGCAGCAGGAGUCCCGGCAGCAAGAGAACUAGUGGCAGACCACCCUCGGUGCAGAGCGCCAAGAAAGCCCGACGCAGGCCGGCCGCUCGGCCGCCGCUGGUACGACACAACGCAGAGACGAGCAAAGUCUCUGCUGUCCUCCAGCAGCAUAACAAGGCUACUGUGUGUGCAUGCUGAAAUAUGCACACACGGACGCAUACGCAUUAACCUGCUGCCUUCCACAGUCCACCCUGUCUCCGGUGACUCUUCUGUUCCUACAAGUGUCCAGAGACCAGAACACAACUUACGGAGUGCUCAUUUUCACAAAAAACUUGUCGACAGUCUCCAGAUUCCUUCCUGAGAUGCUGAUUGAAAGGUGUCUUAAUGGUUCCACUUACUGGUAGACAUAAGAAAGAAGUAUGAUUAAUGAUGACAGUGCAGCUAUUAUGCAUUUUACAGUUGAGUGUUAAGUAAUAGGUAAUGUUCAUGUAAAACAAAUAUAUAUUUUUGUACGUUCUUUUAAUGUUUGAUGAUAAAACAUGACAAUGAAUUUGAGCUCAACAGCCGCCCUCUUCCCCCGCUUCACGCUCUCCAGAGACACUUGUGUGCACACCCUGGGCUUAAACAUGUGUGUUUUUAUUUUUAUUUUAUUUAAUCACUGGAGAUUUUCCUCGAAUAUGAAGUGACGGUGAUGCUACACCAAAAGCUACUACAUUGUGAAUAUUGAUGUAUAAAUACUUGUAAUGAGUUUUGGUAGCACUUGUAUUCUUUGAGCGUAUGCAAACGACACAUCCCUGCAAGCUCUCAAAUAAUGCAGAUGAUUUUAAAUUGAAAUCGCACAAUGCAUGUUAAGGGAUCUGUAUGAAGCAUUACAGUAGAUCUUUGUUGGUUCAUCUCUUGUUGGGAGCCAGCUCCACCCGGUCCUACGUCAGGUCAGGAUGUGUCUUUGCUCAAGUUGGUUAGUCUUUUCCACAGCUCGAUGUUUCUAAUAGCUCUGAAGUAUCACGUUGUGCCGCCCUACUCUCACAGGGGCAGCACCAGAUGUGUUGGGGGGAGUGGGGGGGUUCAGACCAUCUGUCCCAGUAACAAUAGCUACAUCUGUUGGGAUUUCCUUCUCUUUCUGCCAUCGUCCACCCUUGCUGCAGCUGCGGUUUUAUAGUUGCUGAUGCAAGCUCAAGGCUCAUUGGGGAGUAAUGACGCAAUUCACAGACUUUCUAAGCGAUUCUUUAUUUCUUUUACACUUUUACAGUAAACUAAAUUGUCUCUGUGUUGUGAAACGAUGCAGUUAGGGAUGGAUAGUAGAAAAACACAGUCCAGGUAGGAGGACACUCCUGCUUAUAGUCUGAGGAGAGUACGCCUCUAGUGGUUUAGUUACUUGACAGACUGUAUGAUUUAGAUGAGAAAUAUUACCUGAAAUAAAUAAAAUAACGUCCAGUAUAAGACUGAUGUCUCCAUCUUUGUAAAACCACCACGUCACAUCAUGAUGCUUUUUCAUUCAGUGCAAUUAACGAGAAUUCGCAGCAUUAUUAAUGUUUAACUUGAACGCGUCCUCUCUGCGAACACUCUGUUAUGUUGCUUGUGAUCCCUCUGUAACUUUUCCAUGUAUUUUAUCGGUUGUUUUUUAUUUUUCUCAUGGAUCUUUGUGUAAUCAUUUACUGAAAGGCUAAAGUGCAUGUGUACAGUGUAAAUGUGAAAAAUACGUCUGUGGAAAUGAACCUAUUUAAAUAAAAAGCUUGAGCGAUUA